AUGGCCACAUCAACAACUGGUUCAAUGUCUCUCAGCCAAUGUCCAAUCAUGAGUCAAUCUGGUGCUGGUCAUUCUUGUUCAUCUUUGCCUCCGAUCAAAAAAGCAACCAACUCAGAAAGCGAAUAUCUCAAUUUGUGUCAUCAUCAGAGUCAUCAGAAUAAACAUCAGAAGUCUUCAAGAAAAGCUACAAAAUAUGCAAGAUCACAUUCAUGUUCAUCUACAAACACUGCUAUUGAGUAA